UUUGGUCAUUGCGAUUGUGCCGCGGCCGUCCAGCUGCUUCUCCCUCUGUCCACAUCCUCGGCCGGGUCUCCGUCAGGAAAGCAAGUGCUCCGAACCGCCUCGCGGCCUGCCCUCCCGCCCUACACUGCGUCUGGAACGACCGUCGAGGUCUUAUCGCCUGUCCUUUGAUCGUCCAGCAAAGGCUCGUUCAUCAACAUGGUUCAGUCCUACUACCGCCCCGAAAAUGCUCUCAAGAGAGCCGAAGAGCUGGUCGCUGUUGGCCAGAAUGCCGCUGCCCUCCAGCUUCUCCACGAGUUCAUCAUGUCCAAGCGUGCCCGAAACACUGCCUUGAGCCUGCUUGAGCCCAUCAUGCUCAAGUUUGUCGAUCUCUGUGUGCUCCUGCGCAAGGGCAAGGUCGCCCGAGAGUGUUUGCACCAGUACAAGAACAUCUCGCAGAACAACACCGUCACCACCAUCGAUACGGUCAUCAAAAAGUUCAUUGCUCUGUCCGAGGAGAAGGUCACCGAGGCCCAGAAACAGGCCGACAAGAUCGCCCUGGGCGCCAUCGAUGACCUCGAGGCCACCGAGACCCCCGAGUCCAUCAUCCUCAGCACCGUCAGUGGCGAGGACAACAAGGAUCGCACUGAUCGCGAGGUCGUCACUCCUUGGCUCAAGUUCCUCUGGGAAGGCUACCGCACUGCCCUUGACAUUCUGCGCAACAACCCGCGCCUGGAAGUCCUCUACCAGUUCGUCUCCAACCAGGCCUUCGAGUUCUGUCUCAAGUAUUCUCGCAAGACCGAGUUCCGCCGUCUGUGCGAGCUGCUGCGCCAGCACCUGGCUACCGCCGCCAAGUAUGCUCACCAGAGCCACUCCAUCAACCUGAACGACCCCGACACCCUCCAGCGCCACCUCGACACCCGCUUCGUCCAGCUCAACGCCGCCGCCGACCUGGAGCUCUGGCAAGAGGCCUUCCGGUCUGUCGAGGACAUCCACAACCUCCUCGCCAUGUCCACCAAGCCCCCCAAGACCUUCAUGAUGGCCAACUUUUACGAGAAGCUUGCUCGCAUCUUUGUCGUUGGCGAGAACUUUUUGUUCCACGCUGCUGCCUGGAACAAGUACUAUUCUGUCGUCCGCCAGAACAAGAACCUGCCCGAGGAGGAGCACACCCGCAUGGCCUCCCUUGUGCUGCUCUCUGCCCUGGCUGUCCCCAUCAUCUCCACCGCACACCCUCUUGGCGGAGCCGAUGACGAGAACAAGUCCAAGGCCCAGCGUCUGACCAACCUGCUCCGCGUCACCCGUGCCCCCAGCCGAGAGAGCCUGCUGAAGGAAGCGCUCGGCAAGAACGUGCUCUCUCGAGUCCGCCCCGAGCUCCGCGAGCUCCACAACAUCCUCGAGGUCCAGUUCCACCCUCUGUCGAUCUGCAAGAAGAUCCAGCCGAUCAUGGCCUUCCUGGCCAAGAACGAGGAGCUGACCAAGUACAUCAAGCCCCUCCACCAGGUCAUCCUCACCCGCCUGCUGCAGCAGCUCUCGCAGGUUUACACCACCAUGGAGAUCAAGUCGCUCGUCAAGCUCGUCGACUUCCCCGCUCCUUACAGCCUUGACUCGCACACCAUCGAAAAGUUCAUCGUCAACGGCUGCAAGAACGGCGAGCUCUCGAUCCGUCUCAACCAUCAGACCCAGACGCUCACCUUCGAAACCGAUCUGUUUGCUUCCAAGAAGGGUGCUGCUUCGGCCGGUCCGCGCCUCCAGUCCCUGCCCUCGGAGCAGAUGCGCUACCAGCUCACUCGCCUCUCGCAGGGUCUGCAGACCUCGGUCGCCCUCAUCGAUCCCGAGCGCCAGGAGGGCCUGAAGCAGGAGCGCCAGCAGGCCGUCGUCACUGCCCUCCAGAGCAUGGAGCAGGAGCACAACCUCACUGUCCAGCGCCGCCUUAUCAUCGAGAAGAAGAAGGAGAAGCGCGAGCAGGCCGUUGCCCGUCGCGAGCGUCAGCUCCAGCUCGAGCGCCAGCAGCGCAUCCAGAAGGAGCAGGAGAUUGCCCGCAUCAAGAUGGAAGAGGACGCCCGCAUCCGCGAAGAGAAGCGCUUGGCCGAGACCAAGAAGGCCAUGGAGGAUGCUGCCAACGCCGAGCUCAAGAAGAAGAUCCUUGGCGAGACCAAGGGCCUCAAGACCGAGGAUGUCGACGAAAUGGACACCUCGGAGCUGCUUCGCCUGCAGAUCCAGAAGCUCGAGCAAGAGAAGAAGGAGCUCAACACCAAGCUCAAGUCCACCUUCAAGCAUCUUGAUCAUCUCGAGCGUGCCUUCCGUAAGGAGGAGAUCCCUCUGCUCGAAAAGGACUACGAGCACCAGAAGAAGACCGAUCGCGCCAUCCACAAUGCCCUGACGAAGGCCCAGCUCGACAUUGCCCGAUCCCAGCACGAGUCCGAUCUCAAGAAGCGCGACCGCUUGCUCCGUAUGUUCGACGACUACAACGUCUUCCGCCAACGCAUCGACUCUGUCCGCGAGAAGGAAUACUCUGCCGCCAAGGCCGAAGCCGAUGCCAAGAUCGCGCUCGAGAAGGAGGCCCGACGAGAGCAGGUUCUGGCUGAACGCGAGGCUGAGCGUCAGCAGCGCGAGCGCGAGGAAGAAGAGCGCCGUAUCCACGAGGAAGAGGAGCGUCGUGCUGCCGAGGAGCUUGCCCAACGAGAGGCGGAAGAGCAGGCUCUCCGGGAAGCUGCUGCUGCCGAGGAGGCCGAGCGCGAAAGGAAACUGGAGGAGCAGCGCCUGCGCCAAUUGGAGCGCGAGCGUGCCAUGGAGGAGAAGCUGGCCUCUCGCGGCGCCGAGCCUCCCAGCAGCCGAUUUGGUGCACGGUCCGCCGCUCCUGCGGCCCCUGGCCGUCGCCCUGUUGUCGCUGCGGCCGACUCACCUGCUGAGCCAGACACUUGGCGUCGCUCUACACAGCCUCUCCGUCGAAACAACCCCCUUCCUCGCGGUGAUGAUCGGUUCUCGAGCCUCCGAGACGGUCCCCGCGAUGGCCCCCGCGAUGGUCCUCGUGAUGGCCCCCGCGAUGGUCCUCGCGAUGGUCCCCGUGGCCCUGCUAGGGACCCUGCCCGCAGCUCGGACUCGCCCAAGCCCGCCAACACCCCCGGCAAGUACGUUCCCCCUGGACGCCGUUAGAAGCAUCCGUCGCCAUUGCCAGGACAAGAGAACACCGCAUGCAACACUGGGCCACAACCGCCGGCCCGUAGCGAUGCCGUGGAAUGCAGCACAUGCGCUCUGACAGUUCGCCCGAUCCACCUCUGAGGCUCCGAUGGCCUCUGAUG